AUGGAUCGCCCAAGGAAGCGUGAACUCCGCGAUUUAAACGACCGCGCUUGGGCCGGCGAGACUGACCUCUUCGAGGUGAACAAGUCUCUCGAUUCGUCGCUCAAGAAGAACACUGCAUUUAUUCGCCGUCUCCGCACCGCAAUCUCUCCGGCUACCCUCAACUCCUUCCUGCAAGAGAUCAAGACCUUGAGCCUGCACAAGUACCUCUCGGAGAUCAAUUCCGCCUGCUAUGAGGGGCUUUGCAAGCUCAAGACGCCCGCCGAGGUCGAGGCGGGAGUCGAGAUCGUCAGCGCCCUCCACCAGCGGUUUGGGCCGGCCGAGUUCACCGAAUACCUGGGAUGGCUUCUCGGCAAGGGCAUGGCUACACCGGACAAGAGUCUGUUGAAGACGCUGACUGCAGAGGCGCGAGAAAAGGAGGAGAAGGAUCGCAUUGUGAGGCAGCGCGUGUUGUUGCGAGUCGUCACAGAACUCUGGCUCGUGGGCAUCUUGCGGACACUCGACGACAUUCGCCGGCCCGAUGAUGCGACCAAAGGUGCCGCCGGCAAGGCGCCCGAGAUCAAGCCUCGCAGUAACAGCUCAUCCAAGGGCGGCGGGGCUGAACCGUUCCCCCUCGAGGUCCUAAAGGACCUGCUGGGCCAUGACCGCGAACACACCAACCUGCCACUCCUCGUCACCUUUGUCAAGGCGUUCAGUUGGGACGUGCUGGGAGUGAAAACAGCGGGCUCCGAUGGUCGGAAGACUGUCGAGGAGGAUGGCGCAACUAAGGCCGCUGACGGGGCGGGCGAGCGAGAGGAGGGAGACGAUGACGCCGCUCAUCCGGGUGAUCCGCCUUUCACACCCCCCGAACUGCAGGAGCGAUUCAAGAAUAUUCUCAAGAGAUAUUUCGAGGACGUCAAAGGUCACCUCGUGCGUGACCAGAAAGCCAUCUCUAGCCAGUCACGCCGCAAUGCUGAGGCCUACGUCAAGUCCGGCGAGGUCUUUGAGGAUCGGCAAGCCAACUUUGAGAAGCAGGUCAAGGCCCAGGAACGCCUGGUCUCAAACGCCCAGGUCAUUGCAGAUGCCGUCGGCGCCGAGAUGCCCGAUCUCAAGGACGGCGAUGACCCUCUAGCCGCCACAAAUGCAUCUAUCGGUCUCGUCAAAGCCGGCGACUAUCUCCGAGGGCAAGGCGAGGCUGGCAUCUGGGAAGAUGAGGAGCAGCGUCGCUUCUACGAAAACCUGGUAGAUCUCAAAGGAAAAGUUCCAGCUAUUCUUUUGGAGGAUGUCAAGAAGAAGAAGCCAGAUACAGAUGAGCAAGUUGGCAAGAAGAUUGACCCAGCGGAGGCGGCGGAAGCUGCGAAGCCUGUUGAUACCUCUGCUGACGACCAGUCCACGGCUAUUGCCAACAAGACGAUUGGUGCGCAGGUUGACGCCCUACUUCUUCGGCUCCCUGACUUGACAAACAAAGACGCCAUUGACCAAACCGCCGUCGACUUUUGCUUCUUGAAUUCCAAAGCCUCUCGCAACAGGCUCAUCAAGGCCCUCACCGAGGUACCCAAGGGCCGUAGCGACCUGCUUCCUUGCUGGUCGCGCCUUGUUGCGACACUGGGUCAAUACAUGCCGGACAUUCCCAAAGGACUGGUCGACUACCUUGAUGCCGAGUUCCGCAGCCUCCAGCGGCGAAAGGAAAAGGACUUUCUUGGUCAGGUUCGGCUGAGCAACAUUCGGUAUCUUGCUGAGUUGACCAAAUUUGGCAUUGUACCCGAGCAUGUCGUCUUUCAUUGUCUCAAAGUCAGUCUCGAUGACUUCUCUCGGAUGAAUAUUGAAAUCAUCUGUAAUCUGCUGGAGAAUUGCGGUCGCUAUCUGUUGCGAAGUCCCGAAACUGCCCCACGAAUGCACUCUUUUCUCGAGACGUUGCAACGAAAGAAAUCGGUUCAGCACAUCGGCCAGGCCGAGCGCAUGCUCAUCGAGAAUGCUGUCUACUACGUCGACCCUCCAGAGCGGCCCGCUAUUCAGCAGAAGGAGCGGACUCCCAUGGAGCUGUUCAUUCGUAAACUUAUUUACAUUGAUCUGACCAAACGCAAUUACAGCAAGAUCCUCAAACAGAUCCGACGAUUGCACUGGGAAGAGAAGGAGGUUGUCGGCAUUCUCGAGAAGGCAUUUUCGAAGCCGGGCAAAGUCAAGUACGGUAACAUCCACUUGCUUUCGAUCCUGCUGAGUGCCCUUUACCGCUACCAUGCCGCCUUCGCCGUUCGAGUCAUUGACAACGUCCUCGAGUCUGUCUGUCUUGGGCUUGAGCAAAACGACUUUAAGUUCAACCAGCGGAGGAUUGCAGAGGUCAAAUAUCUUGGAGAGCUAUACAACUAUCGCAUGUUGGAGCAUCCCGUCAUUUUUGACACCAUGUACAAGAUCAUGACCUUUGGCCACGGAGGACCGCCAGUACCCGGGCGUGUGAACCCGUUCGACCUGCCGGACGACUUCUUCAGGAUCCGUCUCAUCGCAACCAUGCUUGAGACUUGCGGCGUCUUCUUCAACAGGGGCGCGGCUGGCAAGAAAUUGGAUUACUUCCUCUCUUUCUUCCAGUACUACAUCUUCACCAAGGAUCCGCUUCCCAUGGACAUUGAAUUCAUCGUGCAGGAUAUUUUUGCCCUCACGAGACCUCAGUGGAAGCUAGCAUCUAAUUUCGAAGAGGCUGCCAAGGCAUUUCAUCUUGCUGUGGCCCAGGAUCAAAAGUCCACGGGAGCAGACAAGGCGACUGACCAAGACGAUGGCUCCGACUCUUCAUCAUCAGAUGACGAGAACGCGGAUGAUCUUCCUGUGCCCGAGCCAGACUCUGAUGAAGAGGAAGAUGACGAGGAGGAGGAAGGCGAGGAUCUGGAACGGCAUUUGCCAUCUGGAGAAGCUGAUUCAGAAGAGGAGGCCAUCGUUGUUACUCGACAGGAAGAGGAAAUCGACCCCGAGGACGAAGCAGACUUCGAGCGUGAGUAUGCCAAAAUGAUGGCCGAGAGUCUAGAGUCGCGAAAAUUUGAGAGAAAACCACUCUUCGACGUUGCCUUGCCCGUGAGGCCGAAAGCCCGUGAGGCGAGUACUGCAACCGAAACUGGAGAGGGCGAGCCCAGCGCUGCCACUGGAACCAUGGCCUUCGCUCUCCUGACCAAACGUGGCAAUCGACAACAGACCAAAACUCUUGCACUGCCCUCGGACUCGCACUUCGCUGUGGCUCUUAAGAACCAACAGCAAGCCGAGCGAGAAGAGCAACAAAAGAUCAAAAACCUCGUGCUGAAUCUCGAUCUCGGUGAAAACGAGGACCAGGAUGGUGAACUUUCUCAACAAAUCCUUACACCAAACCCAAAUAUUCACAACAUUUCAUCUACAGGCAACGAGAAACCCAACACGUACCAUCACAACCGCUUCGACAAGCCUAGCAAGGACCGUGGACAACGAGUCCGCAAACUACAACUCAGCGACGUUGACUGGUAUGAUAGACACCCAGAGCAGACCCCCCCUCACCAGGCUUCCGAACAGCGAUCGAGCUUGUCCCCGCCCUAG